AUGUUCAUCACAAAAUUUUCGUCGGAUGUUAACAUUGAUACUUCCGAUCAAGCGCUGGCACUCUCAUUAGUGUUCGCCAGCAACUUGGUCGGAACUUCUGCCAUUGGCCAGCUGAGCGACAGAGGCUUUAACGAAGGCCUCAUGGGCGCUUCUGCUCUCUUAGCAUCGCUAAUCCACUUCUUGAUGUGGGGUCUGGCAAAAACAAAGACUGGUGUAUUUGUAUACGCGGUUUGCAUUGGACUCACGAAUGGAGGCUUUCACAACUGUCUUUUCUCGUUUUUCUCUGAAGUCUCAGGGAAUAACAGUGAGCUCUUCACUACGAUUCAUAGCCUCUUCAGCUUCUUUGAAGGGUGGGCGAUCCUAUCUGUUGGGCCGGUCGGCACAGCACUUUUGAAUCGCUCGCCACAGGUACAAAUUCAAGACUAUGCGAUAGGAAGAUACAAGUACCUUGUUGCAUACGCUGGCGGGAUGACGAUGACGAGUGGAUUACUAGUUCUGAUUCCUGUGAUGCGAAGAAGUGCCAACAGCCUCCGAGAACAGGUGCAUCCACAAGCGACAGCGCCCCCGUAA